GGACGCUCAGGUGGAGGCUUUCCUGGAGGGGGGGCCGAGGAGCGUGAAAGAUUACAUCACUGAGUACAAGAUGGCCGCCCUCGGCUUCGUGAGGUACUAUGUUUAUGGUGACAAGGAGGAUGACCUCCAACUCUGGCCGAGGAUGACCACCACCUUUGAGGAGGCCGACGGCCCGGACUUGGGCAUUCCUGCUGAGGCCGAUGAUUUUGUCAUGGACCGCCGUUCCAUGAUGGCUAUUGCAAAGGCCAAAGCGGCCGAGGAGAUUGCUGCUAAGGCGGCCGAAGCGGCCAGGCGUGCCGCGGCCGGUGUGAGCGGGGCUACUGCAGAUGCGGCCCCAAAGCCUGCCCCAUCCAAGAAAAAGAGACCGGCCACUGACGGCCAGAAAAAGUUGACCGAGGCCGGCGUGAGCGUCUCUAAGAAGACGAAGAGGGCUCCUUCCCCUUCUCCGGCCAGUGAGGCCGGUACGCUUACUGUCCCCAGCGUGGGCGAUGGUGGUCCCGUCGUGGACCUUACUGUUGCUGAUGAUGCCGCCCCAGCGCUUCCUCUCGUCCAGGAACCACGGACGC